GCCCGCCGCCGCCGCCCGGAUCGAGCCGAGCAGCUGCCCCUGCACCCCGAGCAACGGCCGGAUGGAGGACUACAAGGGCCUCUCCGACUCCGACCUCAUCUCCAUGCUCAAGCAGUACAACAUCCCCCACGGGCCCAUCGUGGGGUCAACUCGGAAGCUGUACGAAAAGAAGAUUUACGAGUACGAGACCCAGAGGACCAAGCUUUCCCCGCAGAAAACCUCCUCCUCCUCAUAUUCGUACAGAUACUCAGAUCCUGACUCCAGGAAGACCUACAGCCCACCCGAGAGAGAGGAGAGCAACCGGCACCGAGCCGCCUUCGAGGAUGAUGAUCUGGACUCCGGAUCCUAUGACUUCCCCCGGAGAGAAGAGCGCCUGGCCUACCGGGACAACGACUAUGACGAUUACUACGAGGAGAGUUACUCCUCCACCAAGACCUACGGGGAGCCAGAGGUGGUGGCGUCGGCGUCCAGGAGCUAUGGCGAGCCGCUGAUGGCCAGGACCUUCAGCGAGACCUCCACGGCCAGGAACUACAGCGAGUCGGAGGAAGAGCCCACGGUCCGCCAGCGGGUGAGAGACGAUAUCCUCUUCUCUCCAACCCGGGAGGAGAACAAGGACAGGGACCGGUCGUACUAUCCCCGGGGCAACGCCUACCAGAGCGUCUCCCAUUACCGGCCCCCGGGCUCCGCCGCAGCCGCCUUCUCCUCCUCCGGCCCACCGGGCCCCUCGGCCUACUCCACCUACUCGGCCUCCUCAGCCUCCUCCUCGUCCGCCGCCUCCUCCUUGGCGGGAGCCCGGUCCUCGCUGCACGUGGAGGCCCGCAGGGCCAUCCGGCCGGAGAGACAGGGCGGGGCCGAGGGCGAGCUCGGGGGCCGGCGCUUCGUGCCCCUCUGGCUGCAGCUCCUCCUCUUCCUCGUCUUCGCCGGGUUCCUGGCCUUCAUGUAUUACUUCGUGCAGGCCGAGGACGACAACCCCUUCCGGGUCCAGCACUGAGCCCUCCCCGCCGUCCUCCCGCCCGCUCCCCCCGCGGGGGCGGGGGCAGCCCUGAGAGGGCCGGAGGGUGGGAAGGGGCCCACGUCCUGCCUUAAAGGCCGGGGAGCGGGGCUAGGGAGGGAAAGUGUUGUUCGGGCCACAGAAGCCUGUUUGUUUUUGUAGGACCUCACCAAGUGCCAUCUUGCUUUGCUGCCUUCCAACUGUUCACGGCCAGUUCAGGGGUUGGGUUAGUUCGUUCCUUCUUUUCUAUUUUGGGGGCGGGAGUGGGGUACGGGACAGCUGCCCUCCCCUCCCCUCUCCCCUCCGACCGAAGCUGGGAGGGAGGUCAUCACUCCUCUGCCCCAAGGGGAAGGCUACUGCCUCAGCUCCUCAGGAAAGGGGUCAACACUACAUUGUGCCGUGAUGCUUGGCUUUCAUCUGGGGCGGUGAGCCCCAGAGCCCUGGGUUUGGGGUUUUCUGGCCUCAGAGUGGUGAGCCUUAGCCACUCCAUGGUAGGUGGCAUCGGUGCCCCCUCCCCUCCCUCUCAGGCCCUCAGGAGCCCGGCCCCAACCUGCCCACCCUUCGGGUGGAAAGUUGGUAGGCCCAGCCAUGGUUCCAGCAGGGCAGGGGCACUUUAGUGCUCCGCCUUUCUUGGCUCACUCCCCCGGGGCCAUAUUGGAGAGGGAACAGUAAGGGGGCUGAUCAGCUCCUUCCCUCCACCAGCCCCCCCUUAGCGGUCUUGGAGGAGGGUGGAGAGCCUUGCGCUCCUGGGCAUUCUCAACCUUGGUGCUUUCCCUAGCUGUGGUGGGGAGGGGGACAAUGCGUAGGUCCCCCAGGCACUCUCUUUUUGCGCCUCCUAAAUGUUGACCCGAGGAGAGGGUGUAUGUUGCUGGUGAUGGUGGUUGUGGUGGGGAGGGCGGUGCUCUGCUCCUGCCCUGAGGGAGGUGUCAGGCUAAGGGAGGCCAGUUUUAAUGGAUUCGGGGGGGAACCGGGAAGGGAAGGACCCCAAACUUGUAUUCUCUCACCCCUCAAUAAAAUGUCUGUUUAUUUUUAA